AUGGAAGGUAUGCAACGCAACGCAACGCAGGAGCAGAACAUCGCACCCUCGAUGUCCGUCGAGAAGGUGGUUGGAGUCGCUCUUGCCAAUGCUGCGGCAAAUCAGAAAGGGCAGCUUCAAAGCAAAGCGAUGGGGCCAAUAGCAUCUGCUCCAAGACCAUCAAGCCUGUUAAGGACAUCAACAUGCGACAACGUGCAGAAAUCCUUCACCUACAACAGCAGCCUCAUGCGAAGACCACCUGGAGAGCCUGGACGUUCGGCUUUGCCAGCAAUCAGCUCGCUACUCAUAGCUGACAACUUCAACUGCGCUACUCGUGCAGCCAAAGGCUGUGGGAAGAAGCGUGGAAUUCCAGAAGCUGAUCUUGCGCAGGGAGAAGUACCCCACCUGGCGCGCAGUGCGAGUCCAAGCCCUUUUCGAGCACGGUCCAUUGGCUACAGGUGCAAAAGGCGCGCCGUCGCAGCAGCGGUAUUGGCUGCCAAUCAAGGUGCUGAGAAUGCAGUCCGCCUUGCCCGGCAGAGGGCAGUUGCAAUCAACCAGCAAAGCAACUGA